CCACUGUUGGAAUAUAUCUGUGUGAAAAAUAUAUAUGACGAAACCAGUUUGUUGAAAACGAAGUUGGAAGUCCUUUUGGGUACCUCUAUGGUCGACUAUGCUGCGGAUACUUACAAAGUAAUAUAUGACGAAGAAGUCCCCGAAGAUUAUUCCGAGAGACGCGAAAAGGUUCUUGAAAGCAUUAAUGAAAUGGAAAUCAAGCUUGAACCAGUGAAGGCAAUUUUCAGCCCGGAAACAAUGAAGGAAGUCGCACAGUGCAAGAAUGCGAAGGACCUUCUUUCCAGUCUGGAAACUAAGUACAAUUUCAAGUUGGAGAUGCUGGAUGAUAUGUUCGAUGCCGCGAGGGUAUUCUACGACAUUGGCAACUAUAACACAGCCUCGGAGUAUCUGCGCGUUGUACGACAACUAGUUACCCCGGGUAGCAAACGUCAUCUGGACGCCUGCUGGGGUCGCUUGGCAAGUGAAAUCCUUGUGCAGAAUUGGAACGAGGCAAUGGAUGAUUUGGAAAAACUCAAGGAUGCCAUUGAUUGUCAGACAGAAGAGCGUCCUUCUUCGCAUACUUGUCUAAUGCAACUGCAACAACGUACUUGGCUUCUGCAUUGGUCGCUCUUUGUGUUCUUCAAUCAUCCGCAAGGAAAGGAAAAGCUAAUCGAAUGGUUCAUGCAAAAUCCCACGCAUUUGAAUGCUAUUCAAACAUUGGCUCCUCACUUGCUCCGCUACCUGACUGUGUGCGUCAUCACCAGUACGGAUAAAAAGAAGAAGAGUCUGAUUCGCGAUCUGGUCUAUUUGAUUCAACAAGAAAGCUACUCUUAUCGGGAUCCGGUGACGGAAUUCUUGGAAUGUCUUUUUGUGAAGUUCGAUUUCGAUGGAACUCAACAGAAGUUGCGUACUUGUGAGACAGUCUUACCAAACGAUUUCUUCCUCACUGGUUGCUUCGAGGAAUUCAUCGAGAAUGCUCGUCUGCUCAUGUUCGAAUCGUUUUGUCGAAUCCAUCAUAGUGUGGGCAUCAGUGUCCUGGCCGAAAAAUUAAACAUGAAUGUGGAGGAUGCGGAGCGGUGGAUCGUCAAUUUAAUUCGUAACGCACGAAUGGAUGCAAAAAUCGAUUCAAAAAAGGGGUUGAUUGUCAUGGGGACACAAAAGGUAUCACCUUAUCAACAGGUGAUCGAACGGACCAAGACCAGUGGCAGUUGUGCGCACAAGUUACUCGAACGACUGCGGUGGGAGAAAUCGUUGGACAGUGAAAUGGGGUUGAUUGUCAUGGGGACACAAAAGGUAUCACCUUAUCAACAGGUGAUCGAACGGACCAAGACCAGUGGCAGUUGUGCGCACAAGUUACUCGAACGACUGCGGUGGGAGAAAUCGUUGGACAGUGAAAUG